CUGCAUUUCAUCAACUUUUCUUCAUCCUUCAAUUCCAUACAUAGUUUUGGAAAUUACUAAUAUAAAUAUGAUCAAUUCAAAAGUGUUCCUUCUCCUUGCCCUUUCUUUGGCUCUUUCUCUCUUCAUCGCUUCCGAGGUCUCGGCCAGGGAACUGGCCGAAACUGUCGCUGAUGCUUCAACGGGGUCAACCGGAGCUGAGAAGGCAAAUGAUCAGAUAGCGGCGGAUCACAGCGAGCACAAAGACGCAUAUGGUGGGGGAGGAUAUGGACCCGGGUACCCGGGCGGCGGCGGAGGAUACCCAGGCGGUGGUGGGUACCCAGGAGGCGGCGGUGGGUACCCGGGCGGCGGUGGAUACCCGGGCGGCGGCGGCGGGUACCCCGGCGGAGGGCGUUGCAGAUACGGUUGCUGCGGCGGGCGCGGGUACUACGGAGGUUGCCGCCGUUGCUGCGCUUAUAAGGGGGAGGCGGUGGGUGCGGCUAAGCCUUAAAGGAGUUAAAGCCAACUAUAAAAUUAUAAUGCUGUUGUGCAUGGCGCAAAUAAAAGUUUGUGCCACGUAGUUAUUUGGGCAAUGAUAUUAAUUAAAAAGCUCCAUAUGUCACAAAGUUAUGUGUGUAUUGGUGCUAAAAAGUUCUCCUAAGAAUAUAAUAAUGGAGACUCUUAUGUGUAACAAUAAUGCAGUGAUGUUAUU